AGCCAAGUCGCAAAGGAAAAUGAAGGGCCACUACCAGGCUGCUGGCAGGACCCUGGUUACUCUAGGAAGCCUCAGCAUCUUCUCUGGAUCCAUUGCCUUCUUCCCUGUCUUCUCCUGCAAGCUUUGGUACACAGGAUGGAGUGUUUGGAUUGCCUGUCCCAUCUGGAACGGGGCUUUGGCUGUCACAGCUGGAUCACUUGUGCUGCUGGCUCAUAGAGAGCGGACCCAGAGAUACUCGUGGGAAGCCGUUUUCACCUUUGUAAUUCUGAGCAUUCUGGGAUGUCCACUUCACUUCGCAAUAGCCUUGCAAUCUGCCCUCCUUGGCCCAUAUUGCUUCUACUCCUUUGCAGGGAUUGCGGGGACCAAUUACCUUGGUUAUGCGGUAACCUUUCCUUUUCCAUACACGAAGUUCCCGUCAGUCUGUGUGGACCCACUCCACUAUGAAGAGUAUCACCUGACCCUUCAGGCCCUGGACCUGUGCCUGAGCCUCAUCCUGUUCUGUGUGUCCCUAGCUGUGUUCAUCAAGCUUUCUACCAGACUGAUGCAGAACGGGCACAUAAACGAUCCAAAGAAUCCACAAUAAAUUUGAAGCUGCAUUCCCCUUAAAUUGGCCUUAUUUGUUGUCAUUAUUUUGAAAUAUUUACAAAGUAAUUUUGUUCUUUAAACUUUCUACCUUCUGUGUUCUUGUGAAAUAAAAUGGAAAUGAUUGUA